AUGUUCUUUGUUGUCAAUUUGCAAACUAGUUUCAAUUUGAAGAAGUUUGUAAAUGCAAGUCUAAAAUCUGCUGGAAGAGUUCUGAUUCUAACAACAAACUGGAUGAUGAAUUCCCUAAGGAAACUGGUUUCAUGUGUGAUCCUUGACUUGGAUGGAACUCUUGUAAAUACAGAUGGCAUUGUGAGUGAAGUUUUGAAAGUUUAUUUGGUGAAGUAUGAGAAGAAAUGGGAUGGUAGAGAGGCUCAUAAGAUUAUAGGGAAAACACCUAUAGAAGCUGCAGCUGCUAUUGUGGAGGAUUAUGAGCUUCCUUUAUCUAAAGAAGACUUGCUAUCAGAAAUUUCUCCAAUGUUCUCUGAUCAAUGGUGCAAACUUAAAGCACUACCAGGUGCAUAUCGUUUGGUUAAACAUUUAAGAGGACAUGGAGUGAAAAUGGCAUUGGCUUCUAACUCUCCACGAGCUAGCAUUGAAACAAAGAUAAGCUAUCAUGAUACUUGGAAAGAAUCCUUUGCAGCAAUUGUUGCUGGUGAUGAAGUGAAAGCAGGAAAACCAUCUCCUGAAAUAUUCUUGGAAGCAAGUAAGAGGCUAAACAUUGAUCCUUCUAAAUGUCUUGUCAUUGAAGAUUCACUACCAGGUAUUGCAGCUGCUAAAGCUGCUAAUAUGGAGGUGGUGGCUGUACCAUCACUUCCAAAGCAGUCACAUCUUUACACUGAUGCUGACGAGGUGAUCACUUCACUUCUUGACCUACAUCCUGAAAAGUGGGGCCUACCCCCAUUUGAAGAUUGGAUAGAUGGUACUUUACCCUUAGAACCUUGGUAUAUUGGUGGUCCUGUCAUCAAGGGUUAUGGCCGUGGCUCGAAGGUGCUUGGAAUACCAACAGCUAAUUUAUCAGUAGAAGGGUAUGCAACUGUCCUUUCUGAAAAUCCUGCGGGUGUAUAUUUUGGUUGGGCCAAAUUAUCAAACCAUGGUUUUUACAAGAUGGUUAUGAGCAUUGGUUGGAACCCGUAUUUUAAUAACACUGAGAAGACAAUUGAGCCAUGGUUGCUUCAUAAGUUUGAUAAAGAUUUCUAUGGUGAAGAGUUACAUCUUCUUGUUGUUGGCUAUAUCCGGCCCGAGGCAAACUUCCCAUCGCUUGAAAGCUUAAUUGCAAAGAUACAUGAAGAUGGUAAAAGAGCCGAGAAUGCACUUGAACUUCCUUUAUAUGCCAAGUACAAAGAUGAAAUGUAUUUCAAAAGCAUUGCACAUGGCCAAAAUAGUCAUUUGUGACCUCAAUUUUUAUGGUGUUUGAAAAUUGGUUGAGCAUAAACUCAUGAUAUUAAUAUACAAAUAUGUACUGAUUUGGGAUUAUCAAUUUCGAAAAAUAAAUGUAAUUUGGACUUUUACAACGAGGUGGUGGCAUGUAUAGACAUA